AACUACUUUUGUUCUAGUUGAAUAAUAAUGUCGGAUAGCCACCCUAGUUUAAACGCGUCAGAAGAGGAGGAUGAGUUUGUUUCUCAUUCAACGGAUUUACCGUCUUUCAAAGGAAUUUUAUCUAAAUGGACAAAUUACAUACAUGGAUGGCAAGACAGAUAUGUAACAUGUGGAGAUGGAACGUUGAGUUAUUACAGAUCAGCGAAUGAAACAGAAUAUGGAUGUAGAGGAUCUAUGAGUUUAGCCAAAGCAGCCGUUUCGUGUCAUGAAUUUGAUAAAUGCCGGUUCGAUGUUGCAAUAAACGACAGUGUUUGGUAUAUGAGAGCACCUGAUGAAACAACAAGACAACAAUGGAUUGAAACCAUUGAAGCGAAUAAGGACAAUGGUUAUCUUAUGUGGAGAUCUGAAUCAGGAUAUGGAUCAGAUGGAAGUAGUCUACGUCGCCAUGGCUCCAUGAUGUCACUUGGCAGUGGAUUGUCAAUCACCUCGAGUUCAUCAUUCAGAAAAGGUCGUGGUUUAUUCGAAAAAUUGGCUGAAUUAGAAACAUUCAGAGAUAUUUUGUGCAGACAAGUCGACACAUUACAGAAACAUUUUGAUGCUUGUGCUAAUUCUGAAGAACAAAGUGACAUCAGAGAUAACUUCGGCAUGGACGCAGAUGCUGAUGAUGAAAUAGAUCAUGAAGAUGAUAUAACGUUAACCAGUACUGACCCUGAUUCAUUGCAUAGAACUAGCAAUGUGACUUACAGACCAGAAGGAAUUGAUUUCAAAGGAGAAGCAAUAACAUUCAAAGCAACAACAGCAGGAAUUAUUGCAACUUUGUCUCAUUGUAUCGAUCUAAUGUCGAGUAGAGAAGAAACAUGGCAGAGGAGAUUGGAGAAGGAGCACGAGAAAAGAAGACGUUUAGAGGAACAACUUCGGCAUGCCGUAGAGUCUGCAAAACAGAAAAUUACUUUUGCUGGAAGCCCUGAUUUUGAAGAAGGACCACAAAGUACGAUUACGGAAGAAGAAUUUUUUGAUGCAGUCGAGGCUGAGCUUGAUAAACAAGAUAAAAUAGUAGAAGAUAGGGAACAUUCGAAGAAGUUACAAAAAGCUGCAAUCGAAAAAGAAAAAACAGUACACCCUUUCACUAGAGAAUUAGAACGAAGAAUACAUGAACAUUUAAUCGAUUCGGUGAAAGAUCCAAGUAAAGAUGAACAUACCGACUGGGAAUUGUUUGCUGAAGAAGGAGAAAUGAAAGUAUAUAGACGUGAACUUGAGGAAGAUGGAUUGAUAUGUGAUCCAUUGAAAGCCAUGCAUGCAAUAGAAGGUGUUACUGCUCACGAAAUGUGUCAUUAUUUCUGGGAUACUGACAUUAGAAUGGAAUGGGAAGCAACAAUUGAAAGUUUCCGUGUAUUGGAUGCUCCUGAUGAUCACACAUCCAUCAUUUAUCAAACACAUAAAAGAGUUUGGCCUGCGUCACAACGAGAUUGCCUCUAUUUAUCAUCGUUAAAGAAGGUCGACGAUAUGAUUCCGGAAGGUAUGGUACAAAAUCCAAAACCACACGAUACGUACAUUGUUUGUAAUUUCUCUGUUGAUCACCCUGAUAACAAUCCUGUCGCGGGAUGUUUACGAGCAAUCAUCAGUAUAGCAUUAAUAUGUGAAACCUAUGUUACACCGCCACCUAAUGGAGGACCAAUUGAUAGAAACUGCCUCAAAUGCAAAAUUGUUUAUGUCGCUAACAUUAAUCCCGGAGGUUGGGCACCAGCUGCAGUUUUGAGAGCUGUAUAUAAACGUGAAUAUCCCAAGUUUUUGAGGAGGUUUACCGCUUAUGUCAAGGACAAAACAAAGAACAGAGAGAUCUUGUUUUAAUUUUACUUUAAACAACGUCAAUAACAGUAUUUAAAAACUAAAAAUAAUGUAUUGGUCACAGAAACACCAUCAAGUUGCAUCAAGAGCCAGAAAUUUUAGAAUUCAUAUACUUUAAUAGAAAACGAUCAAACGUGUAUGUGAUAUUCCAUAUGAUAUUGAAAAAAACAAUGUUGUACAAACUUAUUUCCAUUUUUCUCUACGUGAAUUAAAUUGUAUAUGAUAUGCAACAUUGCACCCAUUGAUGAUGUAUAAUACUGGAUAAUUUUUUAUUUGAACAUUCUGGAAAAGUACUUGAAUAUGGAAUAUAUUUUAAAUGCAAUUCGACCUUCGAUAAUGAACGCUCCAUAAUUUUUGUAUUUUAUUACCAGAAUUGUUUUUAAUUUCAAUAAGUAAGCUUCUUUUUCAAACAUGAAGAUUAUAUAAAAAAGCACAUCAACAUAAUAUAAAAAAUGAUCUCAAAACAUGUAUACAAUAUCCAAAUGUUAAAUCCUAAAUGUUGCGUUGUAUUUUGUCAUUCUAACAUGCAUAUCUUAAUUCAAUUUAAUCAACUCUCAAUAAUUUACUAGCGUAGCAAUUAAGUUGAAACAUUUAAUAUAACAUGGGACCUUUGAAAGCAACCGAAAUUUGGCACUCGCUUAUAAAUUACUGUAAUAUUUGCAUUUUUUUAAUUGUAAACAUACAAUUGGCAAUUGCAGUGUACAUACACAUGGCUUUAGUUGAAAAAUAUGUAUGUCAGAGUAGACACGUUACAGAAAUAUAUUUGUGUUAGUGUGCAGCAAGACUACCUAUCGAAUUAUACAAUUUCUUGUCGUAAUUUUUUACUUGCUAAAAUUUCCUUUAUGUUUGUUUUGUCCAAAAUCCAUAGAUGCUCGGAUUCAUAAUUGCUGUUUUUUCUUAGCCCCAAGUUUCUUUUUUCAUUGUAACUAACCAUUUUCAUCCGUAAAAUACUGACAUUAAAAUCUGAACAAACAUGGGGUGAAGUGCGAAACAACUACUGACCAUGUGCAUAAUCCUUUGCUUAACAAUACACAUUUAGAUGAAUUUUCAUUGCUAAUCUUUCAUUUUUGUAUGUAAGAAUUUAUUUCUAUGUCAUUAUCAGUUGCUGAAUGAUUAAAAACAGUUUUAAACUUUUUUUUUCUUGUUUUCAGUAUGUUCGCAAAUUUUUUUUUUGCAGUGUAUUUUGUAUCUCUGAAUCAAUGCAAAAGAUUUCUAGUUUCUUUUUUUACCUAUAAGGGUUCUAAAUAUUGCUUUGUUCCGUAAUAUCCUUUGUUAUCUCAACUCACUUAAAAGAUAAAUAUUUCAGAUUGAAGACCUUAUGCAACCCCUUUUUGAACACAAAGAUGGUUCUGAAUCUCGAUUAUGUGAUGUCUGGGAUAUAAUCAACACAUAAUGGCUAGGUUUGUGUCAUCACUUAUUUUACGGCUAGACAAAGAUUGUAUUAGGGUCCUCACUCUUUCAGGUGCGUGGCCAAGUUGUUAACACGUUAGAUGUCCGCCAUCCCAGGAUGUAAUGAAUUGGUAGGUCGAACUGAGAUAUUCUCGGCCUUUCAGACUAAGUAGCUCCAUACAUAGAAAAAUAAGCAUAUAUAUGUUGUAUAAAAAAAGUAAAUCUAUGACCUAUAGGAGAAAUACCCUUUCACAUAAUUUUGUACAUUUUUAUCUGUAAUGUUUUGUCAAGGAUUCAAAAACGUAUGCCUAUCUCGGGCUAAUUUUCGCUUCCCUCUGAAUUCUCACCAACUUUUUAUCUCUUUAUUGAUUUGUAUUAUUUGAAUAUGAUGGCCAAAGCUGGCUGGAUGAAUAUUUAAUGUUUUGCCUCUUGCUAUAUUUUGCAAAUAGAAUAUUUUUUUUCAUGCACACAUUAACGUUAUACAAAGGGUGGUACUGUAACUAUUACUUACUGAUAAUUGUUUGUUACGCAUGAAUAAAUUUUAUAUAUGCA